AACUAGUCCCUGCACACGAUCCCGAUUCAGAGCCGCUACCAGACUUGCCUAUGUACCACCCUUCCGUCAAAGAAGUCGAAUCUCUCUCUUCACAACUCAUCUCAGAGUUCCAGUACUACAUUACGAACUCGACAUACAAAGAUGAUGAGACCGACUACCUUCUAGAAGAGAGCAAAGUUCUGGAACAUCCACCACACGAGUCGCAUGUGCUGCGUAUUGCUCUCAUUGGGGACGCUGGUCAGGGAAAAUCCUCGCUCCUGAACUCCAUGCUGGGUCAGGAGAACUUGGCCAUUCACGCUGCUGAUGGCAACAGUUGCACGUAUGUUGUGGUGGAAUAUGCCCAGGCAUUCGCAACGCAAAGCCACCCCUUCCAAGCAAAAGUCGAGUUUCUGUCGAGGCAAACUUGCCGUGAUCUAGUCAAAGAACAGCUCAAGAACUUUUGGCUGUUCAUCACAACAGACAUGGAGGCUGAGCUGGACGAGGAGAUCGUGAACGAACGCCGACUUGGCGCGAUAACAUGCAUAUCGGUCUUCAGCUCUCUAUUUAUUGGGCACGCAGAGUUCAGCGACAGAGACAGUGCAGAGACGUUUCUGUCUGACGCAGAAUCUGCGCACAAUCCCCGUCUUGUCAGUAAGCUCAUGAGCUGGACAGAUGAGAUUCUCGAUGCAUUCAUGACAAACGAAGACAAUGUCGAUGUUGCCACAAUCAACGCCAAUACCGCGUCACAGAUCAGCGACGCAAUUCAACCUUUCACCAUGGUAGUGGAAGACCCCCACUUCGACGGCACUGACAUUGUCUGCUGCCCUUGGCCUCUAGUCAAAAUGGUAGUCGUCAGUCUGAGCUCACGCAUUCUCGAGCAGGGCAUCAUCAUUGCCGACUUACCCGGGACCACAGACAAGAUACGGUCCCGCGUAGACAGCGCGAAGCGUUAUCUACAGUCUUGCGACAUGACCAUUGUGGUCAAUAACAUGGCUCGUGCCAUCGACCACGCUGCUUUACACAAUCACGUGAACGAGGCUUUCCGAAGAAAGCGAUCGGGAAAUACAAUCGUCGUUUGCACACGCUCGGAUGAUUUGCAGGUCACUGCUAAACAGUCCUUCCCAUCGAUUCCUGCGGAGGAGAAGGCGAUGGCCGAGAUCGCGGAGAAAGAAGCCACCGUCAAGAAGCAUCUCAUGGACCUUGCACUUGCGCUGAGUUCUCCACAGUUUAAGAAGAAGCCCUUUGAGAAGUUCAAACUCGUCCAGAAGAAAGAAAGAUUUAUGCGCGAGAAGAAUGAACUCGCACGACAACGGUACGAAGUUCGUGUCUCUGCACGCAACCGACACGUCAAGCACGGCGUCACUGAGCAAUACCGUCAAGACACUAAGGAUCGUUCCCCGCUUCCAAUAUUCUGCGUGUCAAAUGUCAUAUACAUGCAACAUCUGAGUGGCGGGUAUCCUAAGAGCGCUCCACCGCAGCUCCGUCUCGAAGCCACCGAGAUUCCGGCGUUGCGGACGCAUCUCUUCUCGCAACCCUCGCUGGGAAGGUUCCAGUCGCUUGAGCAUUACUGCAAGAGUCUCUUACCGGCGUUUUUCAACACGAUUGAGAUCUCGUGCAGCGUGUCGAAACUCAAGAGGAAGGACGAGCUGAACAGAACUUUCAACAAGUCCCAAAGUAGCUUGAAAGAAACCAUCGAAGAUGCGACGGAACUGUUAACUGAGCACAAGUUCGGUCUAGUUUACAGAAUUAUUGACAAACAGGAGAUGGCAUGGAUCAAUCGUGCGCGACGAAAGUGCAACAAAUGGUCCCAGUUCAAGCCAGCCGGUUAUGCUGCGGUCCUUCGCCAUGAUGGAAAGUGGAGUACAAAGACCAUCGAUCCACAGAAUUGGAACGAGGACUUGUUGAAAUCUGUUGACGAUGACUUGAGUCCCAUAUUCGACGAGAUCCACGACCAAGACUGCAACGAGCUGGCCGCCGACAUUGCAGAGCGCGUAGGCGAUGCAGUCGAGAAGCUCAACAACGCGUUACGGGUUGACCCUGCCGCCGCCCUGUCCGGCGCCAUCACAGCCUUCCGCGCGAAUCUCAAAGAACGCCGGUCCCAAAUCGACAAGAUCUGCGAGGCCUUCCGCAAGCAACUGAAGAACGAGAUCCGCCGCAUCCAGACCCGCACCACCACCAACGACACCGAUCACUACUUCACCGCAGCCAUGCAACCCAUCUACGCCGCCGCCGUCCACACACCCAAGGUCCGCGGCAGGCGCCUGCACGACCUGCGCGCGCACGCGCUCCUCACCGGCGUCACAGCCGAAGACGGUCCCUACCGCGCCCUCGCGACCCACAUCCGCGCGGCCUACGACGCCGUCUUCCAGCACGCCACCGCCGACCUCUGGACCCAGCUCAACGAGGUGUUCGAGCGCACCCGGCACGACGUUAAUCUCGUGUGCUCCACAUAAGAAGACGAUGGGCCCGAGGCUACGGCGAUGCGGAGCCAGUUGCUGGGUAUGCUGCCGGAUGCGCGGGAGCGGUUGCGGGGGGAGAUUUGGCGGGAGCUGGCGAGGUGUAGGAAG